CAACGCAACUGGUAUAUAAAUUUCAACGGUUCUUGCAAUUUGACUAUGUGAAGUGUGUAUGUUGAUAUAUUUAGCCCCCACAAUUCCAAUAUCCUUUUUUUUUUCAAACUAUGUAUUUCGUUUUCUUUAUUGAGAAAGAUUGAUUUAAACUUUUAAUAUUUCAAUAAAAGCUGCCUCCAAUAAAAUUGUUGUCCUAACGAACAAAAUAUUGGUGAGUAGACGCCAAUAAAAGGGUGAGGGUUGAGACACAUUAGUGAAGGUAGCAGAAAAAAGUGACUGAGGUUGAAAAUGGAAGAUGGAUACACAGAAGAUGGAACAGUUGAUCUCAAAGGAAAUCCAGUUCUUAGAUCAAAGAGGGGUGGAUGGACUGCUUGCUUCUUCGUCGUUGUGUACGAAGUGUUUGAGCGGAUGGCUUACUACGGUAUAUCCACGAAUCUCUUCAUAUACUUGACCAAGAAACUACAUCAGGGCACAGUCGAGUCGGCCAACAACGUCACCAAUUGGGUCGGAACCAUUUGGAUGACUCCAGUGCUCGGCGCCUACAUAGCUGACGCGCUCUUGGGUCGUUAUUGGACUUUCCUCAUUGCUUGCGGAAUCUAUUUUUCGGGGAUGUCCCUCCUAACUAUAGCCGUAUCAAUCCAUCCACUAAAGCCCGGCCCAUGUUCGGAUCCAAGUGGGGUGAAUUGCAAGAAGCCCACAGCUCUCCAAGUGGGUGUUUUCUUUGGGGCACUCUACACGUUGGCGUUGGGCACCGGCGGCACGAAGCCCAAUAUCUCGACGAUCGGUGCGGAUCAGUUCGACGAGUUCGAGCCGAAAGAGAAGGCCCACAAGCUGUCCUUCUUCAACUGGUGGAUGUUCAGCAUAUUUUUCGGGACACUAUUUGCAAACACAGUAUUGGUGUACAUCCAAGAUAAUGUGGGAUGGAGUCUUGGUUAUGGGCUCCCUACUAUUGGGCUUGCCAUUUCCAUUCUUAUAUUUUUGGCGGGAACCCCCUUCUAUAGGCACAAGCUACCCACGGGCAGUCCCUUCACCAAGAUGGCUAGGGUCAUCGUCGCUGCCUUCCGAAAUUGGACCAUCUCCGUCCCUACUGAUUCCAAGGACCUCUUUGAGCUUGAUUCGGAGGUUUAUGCUAAGAAAGGCAAAUACCGGAUUGAUUCCACGCCUACAUUGAGAUUUCUGAACAAAGCAUGUGUGAAAAGCAAGUCAAGCAGCCCGUGGCGGCUAUGCCCUGUGACUCAAGUAGAAGAAACAAAACAAAUGCUAAGAAUGAUCCCCAUUCUGAUAGCCACAUUCGUGCCAAGCACGAUGAUAGCUCAAAUAGGCACCCUCUUCGUGAAGCAGGGCACAACCCUGAACAGAAACAUCGGCAGCUUCGUGAUCCCUCCGGCAAGCCUAGCCGGAUUCGUGACCCUGUCGAUGCUCAUCUCCGUGGUGCUAUACGACCGCUUCUUCGUGAAAGUCGUCCGGAAAUGGAGCAACAACCCAAGAGGGAUCAGCCUCCUGCAGAGGAUGGGCAUCGGCAUGAUCUUCCACAUCGUCAUCAUGGUAGUCGCCUGGCUAACCGAGAGGCACAGGCUCCAAGUCGCCAGAGCAAACGGCCUUGUCGACAACGGAAAACAAGUCCCCUUAUCCAUCUUCGUGCUGCUGCCGCAGUUUGUGUUAAUGGGAACUGCCGAUGCGUUUUUGGAGGUGGCUAAGAUUGAGUUCUUCUACGAUCAGGCGCCAGAGAGCAUGAAGAGUUUGGGGACGUCUUACUCCACCACCAGCCUCGGAGCAGGAAACUUCAUCAGUAGCUUCCUGCUUUCCACUGUCACCAGGAUCACCCGAGGGGACGAUAAUCAGGGGUGGAUAAGGAACAACCUCAAUGCGUCUCAUCUCGAUUAUUACUACGCCUUUUUCGCCAUCUUGAACCUCCUCAACUUCAUCUUCUUCCUCAUUGUCGUCAGGUAUUAUGUGUACAAGGCAGAGGUCUCCGAUUCCAUUAGCCUUCUUAGACAACAACUGGAGGGAUCCAGACACCAUGUUUCAGAUACAGGGACGAAUUAACAAACAUGUAUUUUUUUUCUUUUCGUGUUUUAUUCUGCAUUACAUAUUCACACUGUAUGAUUGAGACAAAAACUGAAAUAUACAAGAUUGGAUCAAAAGCUUACAAAGGGGUAAAAAAAUGAAAACCCUCUUUCUAGUCUCA